AUGGAAGUGUAUGGAAAGCGUGUGACGUUCUAUGGACGGGUAGCGUACAGCUGUCUAAUAAUAGCCCUGCUGCUGACACUUUGCAUUGACGAUGCGUGCAGUCAGGUACCGCGUCGACGUCCCCGCAACGACAAAUGCCCAAAGGUGCGGGCAAUGCGCAACUUUGGGCUGAACGCAAUGAUGGGCUCCUGGUACGUGAUACAGUACUUCGCCUCGACGGAGAUGUUCCCGGAGUACGGAUGCAUGCGCAGCUCGUUCGUCACCUCGGACGGGUUCGUGACGAUGAACUUUACCUACGUGUUCUUGGAUGACCCAGCCGCCACCUUCCAGCAGGGUAACAUCACCUGGAUCAUACCGAACUACGGUCAACCGGCGCACUGGGUGCAUGCGGAAAGUAGCUACGAGGAGAUCUACAACACGUACGUGAUCGAUACGGAUUAUCGUACUUGGGCCCUCAUAAUGCACUGUGCGGAGAAGACGAAGUCACAGAAGUACCUGUCGGCGCUGAUGCUUGCCCGUGAACCAACGCUCGGCCAGAACGUGAUCAAUUUUCUACGCGAGAAGCUUCCACGGUACGAUAUCGAUGUGGAGAACAUGUUUGCAAUCCCACAGGAGAACUGUACUAGGAUGGGUACCGAUGCAUACGCGUACUACGCGUACAACACAUCUUGA